AUGCCACAGGGUUUUGAGAUUGAGAGAAUAAGACAAGGAUUUGAGAAACUUAGAAAAGGUUAUCCUAGUGUAGUCCUACAGGCUGUAUGUGAUUAUGAGUUAAAAUUUUUGGAUGUUUAUGCAGGUUGGCCAGGCUCUGCAAAUGAUGCUAGAACUGCCAUAAACAAUGGCCAUUUAACAAGAAAGCAGAAGUUCUUCAAUACAAUUCUGAGUUCUACACGAGUCGUAAUAGAACAAGCCUUUGCACAUCUGUUUGGACGAUUUUGGAAGCUAAUUUAUAUCUAUGUACGAAGAAGGAAAUUUGUUCCAGAUGUGAUUGUAGCUACUUGUGUUCUGCAUAACCUAUGUAUUAUGCAUAAUGAUUCUACACCUGAUGUAUAUGAUCAACUGGAUUUACUUUCUUGCCACAGUACAGAACAGUUUGAUGCAGGUAUCAAUAAAAAUGCCAGUGGGGCACAUAAAAGGGAUCAAAUUGCAGAUUACCUUUUUAAUUUAGUGUGUGUAUAACAUCUUUAUUG